GAGUGAAAAGAAAGAGAGAAAGCAACUUGCAGGCUUUGCCAUUAUCUCUUACCUUGUCCUUCUUCCUUUCCUACUACUAUACUAUUUUUUCUCUCUCUAAUCAAUCAUACACUUGCCUCUCAAAACCUCCAUUUCUCAAACCAAGCUUGCACCAAAACAACACAGACACAUAGCCAUGGACACUGAUGCUAAUGCCUCUUCCCAACCCGACUCAGAAGCAUCUUCAGAGCUCAAAUCAUCAGAGACUCAAACAUCAAAGAAAAGGAAACUGGUUGAGAAAAGAGUUGUGGCAGUGAGGAUAGGAGAGAAUGUUGGGAAGGUGAAGAAUGAAGGGCUACCUUCGGAUUUUUGGUCUUGGAGAAAAUAUGGACAAAAACCUAUCAAAGGGUCUCCAUAUCCAAGGGGCUAUUACAAGUGCAGCACAUCCAAAGGUUGUUCAGCCAAAAAACAGGUAGAGAGAUGCAGAACAGAUGCUUCAAUGCUCAUCGUCACAUAUACCUCUACACAUAACCAUCCAUGCCCCACCACCACCACCGCCACCUCCACCACCACAAAUUCACCCCAACAACCAAAAGAAUCUGAAUCCGAAACCACCCAAGACCUCUCAGGUAUCUCAAAGGAGGAAGAUCAAGAACAUAUAGAAGAAGAACAAAGGGAUGAUGAUAAGCCCAGAGAUGAAGGUAGAAAUGAAGAAAAGUUUCUUUACCUGCAAUCUUCCCAAGACAUAAUAAUAGAACAAGAAGACCCUUUCAAGCUAAACACGGAGAAAAGCCAUGAGAGAAUAGAUCUUCUCUUGGAGGAGGAAGAACCCCUUUGUUACGCACAAGUCAAGAACUUGUCGGCUUCCGAAAGCGAAGAACUUGAUUUUUUCGAUGAGCUUGAGGAGUUGCCCAUGUCUUCAUCUUUCUUUAACUUCACGAGGAGCAUUUUUUCCGAUGAAAGGAUUCCCGUUGCCCCUUCUUGAUUCAAGUGUUGUUCUUUUUUUUUUUUUUUCUGUUUAGUGUAUCUAUGCUUUAACCCAUGUUACAUAUCCAUUUUUCAAUUCAGAAUUUAUCCUUUAUUCACGUUCACACAA